CACCGAGCCUCCAAACGCAUCCUACAGCAAAAAGAAAAUUGACAAAAUCAACCAUGCAAGCCGUGGUUUUUAAGGGUCCAGUGCAGGUUGCUCUCGAGAAAAGACCCUUACCGGAGAUCCAACAUCCAACAGACGUGGUCCUGAAAGUACGAUACACGGCGCUAUGUGGCAGUGAACUACAUGUCUUCCGGGGCCAUCAAGCUUCUGGUACAGGGUUUAUCAUGGGCCAUGAAUUCUCAGGAGAAGUCAUAGAGGUCGGAUCUGACAUACGACAAUUCAAAAAGAUGGACCGAGUAAUAUCGCCCUUCACCGUGAGCUGUGGGAAAUGCUUUUACUGUGAAUAUGGCUUUUCUUCUCGGUGUACUCACGGCAUGUUGUUUGGCACCAGUGCACUCGAUGGUGGGCAAGCCGAAUACGUGCGUGUUCCGCUAGCUGAUUCAACUCUCUUUCGAAUUCCGCCUUCAAUUGACGAAAGGAAAUUGGUUCUUAUGGCCGAUAUCUUUCCUACCGGCUAUUUUGCCGCUUUUAAUGCUUUCUCGGAGUUGGAUCCUAGGGAGAUUCGAGAUAGCACAGUCCUCCUCUUUGGCUGCGGCCCUGUGGGUAUCUGCGCACUUAUUAGUGCACUAGAGUAUCGGCCAAAGAGCCUGAUUGCAAUCGAUAGUGUGCCCUCACGACUGGCACUUGCACAGAGUCUAGGGGCCGAGCCGUGGAACUUUAAGGACAACGAAGAGGGGCUACGGCAGAGGGUGAAAAAUCUUACUGACGGCCGUGGGGCAGAUAUCGCUAUCGAAGUGGUUGGACAUAGCAGUGCACUAAGGAUGGGCUUCGAUCUAUUGCGACCCUGGGGACGGAUUUCGAGUGUAGGUGUCCACAAUCAAGAAAUUCCGUGGACAGGGAACGAAGCCUACGGAAAAAACCUUCGCCUGCAGAUGGGUCGAUGCCCUGUUCGGAGUAUCUUUGACGAGGCCAUGAAGCUUUUCGAAAGAAAGCAAGAUGAUUUGAAUUUCAUGUGUGAAGACAUUCGUCCACUUUCGCAGGCUAUCCAAGCAUAUGAAGAUUUCAGUAAUAUGCGGGCCCAAAAGAUCAUUUUCGAGGCAGGUUCUGGAGGCCAGAAAUAAUGCGAUGGUUUCUUUUUGUCUCUACUGAGAAAUAGUUUACUUUACAACUUUCCAUUGCCCUCGGUUUGAAUUAUCACUCG